CAGAAAAAAAUGAAAAUUUGAGGUCAAUAUUCUCUUUUUUUGGUCAAUAUUCUCUUUUUUUCUCUCUCUAGUUCGGUGAACAGAUAAAACAAACUUUCCGAAACUAAUCUCCCCAGAUCGGCGUUGCUCCGGCGCGUCGUUUCUCACGAACACCAUCUUUGGUUUCGUCCUAUCUCUAGCUAUCCACUGAACCAUUUGGAGUCUUAACCGGCGGUUUAUUCGUCAUGGGUCUGGGAUCCAAAUUCGACGGUAAUUCUGGUGAGUUGCUUCCUCCGGCAAGCGUCAACCUGAGAUCCUCUUCACCUCUCCUUGCCUGCUUAGAGUCUUCAGUACCAGAUCCGCGGUGGCCAAGCAAGCAUCGUUGGUCAGCGUCCGAGUUAAAGGUUGCAAACCAAAGCGUCACUUCCUCUGCUCACGACUCCUCUUCUUCAUCGCCGGCGAAGUCUUUUCCUCCCACGGCUGUUGAGAAAUCACUGGUGUCUGUUCAAUCUACCCUCCCGGUGGAUUCUAUCGUUCAGAGAGAUGAACCCAAACUGGCAAACUCUUCUCCUCCGACCAAAGGUAUGAAGAUUUCGACAUUAGCGGAUGGUGUCUCGGCGGAUUUUGUUCGUUGUUCUUCCCACGUUGCCGUGAAUAAACCUCCUCUGGUGGUUCCGUCACUACCGGUUAAUGACGAGACUGAACCGGUGUCUUCAAACCAACCUCCAAUUGUACCUGUGGAGAUUGUUGCUGUUGCAUCUGAUAGACCCAAUGCCCCUAAGGAUUUGGUUUCUCCACCUCUAAAAGGAGCUUGGGCGAAGAAGUUAAAAUACACCUCCUCGUCUGCGAGUGGACUAGUAACGAUUCCUGUUUCAUCGAAGGAAGAUGAUCUUAGGUUUCCUUGGGCUGCUAAAAUGGAUCCGGCGGCAAGGAAUCUUUACAGAGCUACCUCUCCAGAGUAUAUGGAAGACGGUACUCCAAAGGUAACGAUACCAAGUCAUGUCUUGUUGCAAGGUCUUGAGAAUCAAAAGGAGUAUGUCUUAGGUCAGUUCUAUAGGUGUACUCCUCCUCCUGGCGGCUUGAUCCAUGCAGUGGUAAAUAGAAUUUGGGGUAGAAAGUGUAGAAUCUUUAUGCGUAAGUUAGAGGGUUCCAAAUUUCUUUUCCAUAUCCCGGAUGCUUCAACCAGAGCUUGGGUUCUUCAAAGAGGACUAUGGCAUGUUGAUGAUUUUCUUAUGUUUGUUGCUCCUUGGUUAGCUGCAGAUACAUUUGAUAUCCCGGAGAUAUCAACUAUUCCUGUUUGGGUAACACUUAAGAAUAUUCCACACAGGUUGUAUUCAAUUCCAGGUAUUAGCCACAUUGCAUCAGGGUUAGGUGCUCCUAUGGCUACUUAUAAACCAAGACUUGACCCUUCUUUAAUGGGUGAGGCCAAGAUACUGGUGGAAGUGGAGCUAAGUAAAGCUUUCCCUCCUAGGAUUGCUGCAGCUGACAAAAAGGGUAACAUUUCUAUGGUGAAUGUUGAAUAUGCUUGGGUUCCAGCCAUUUGUGGCGACUGUGGACAGCUGGGGCAUAAGGACUCCCGUUGUAUGCAACCCCAUGUGUCAAAUGAAAAUGGUUCAAAGCUGGCUUCAAAGGAUGUUAUCACUCCUACUAUUGUAAGUAUCUCUAAUACCAAUGAUUUGGUCUCACCAACCACUCUUCAAACCGAGUCUCUAGUUGUUCCCAUUACCACAAUCACAGAAAUCCAAAUUGAUACAGCCUUAUUAGUUGAAGCUGUCCCAAUCCAAGUCACAGAACAAAGCCCCGAGGUGGCAGAAGGUCACACAAAUGUUGAAGCUGAAGUUGUCACUGAGGCUAUUUGCACAGUUGAUAUAGUUACUGAAACUGCAGGCACACAUGAUGAUGCUCUUAGUGACCGAGAGGUAAGACAUGUCAUGACUAAUAACAGGUUUAACCAUUUAGGUUCUUCAUUUUCAGAUGGGGAGUCACUUGACUCUGAUGGAGAGUCAGUUGAGUCAGAUGAUUCAGAAAAUGUGGCGAGAUUGAUGGAUCAAAUGACUCCGGCUGGGCAACGAAUUUUACGUGAAAGACCGGUUCAACUGUCCCUCAAAGCUAAGGAGAUACAAGAAUCUUCUAUAGCUCGAGGAAGAGGUUACCGGGGGCGUGGGAAUCGUGGACGCAGGAACCGGUGACGCGGCUAGUUGUCCUCUCAUGCUGAACUAAGAAGCCAACCGAAGCGGAAGAUUCGGUCACCAUCUUUAUUUUACUAAUAUUGGCAUCUGUCGGUAUUGUUUUUGUUCUAAAAACUGUAUGACUUCGUCAUGGCUUAUGUUUCUUUAUAUAAAAUCAGUUUUUUU